UUUUUUCCCUAAAGAGUGUUUUAAGAAGAAGAAGGAUCGUCAUCUUCACCAAAGCUCCGAGACUAGUGCAAUCGAAGCCAGCCAUGGAUCUCUCUUCUGUUAAGGAAGCUUUAGCCGAAAAAUCCUUUGAGAAAAUCGCCGAUAUCUGCGAUAAUCUCAUGCUUCAGGUUUCUACCGAAGGAAUUGCGUUUCAUGAUGACUGGCCUUACGCAAUCCAUCUUCUGGGUUACUUUUACGUCGACGAUUGUGAUAGCGCUCGUUUCCUCUGGAAAAUGAUACCUUCAUCUAUCAAGGAGAGGAAGCCUGAAGUUGUUGCAGCUUGGACGAUUGGUCAGAAGCUAUGGACACGUGACUACGCAGGUGUAUAUGAAGCUAUUCGUGGUUAUGAUUGGAGUCAAGAAGCUAAAGAUAUGGUUGCUGCUUUCUCAGAUCUUUACACAAAAAGGAUGUUUCAGCUUUUGUUGUCGGCCUACUCCACAAUAACCAUCCGUGAUUUGGCCCUUUUCCUGGGGAUGACAGAGGAUGAUGCCACAACUUAUGUUGUAGAGAAUGGUUGGACAGUGGAUGCAACUUCUCAAAUGGUGACUGUGAAGAAACAAGCUGUUAAAAGAGAGCAAAAGGUGGAUUCAUCGAAGCUGCAACGCUUGACGGAGUAUGUGUUCCACCUUGAACAUUAAAACUAAGGACCAAUCUCCUAUUAAGAUAGUGAAUUCAGAGAACAGAAUUUGUUUUUGAGAGAUUUCACAAUGACUGAUUCUAAGUUGCAACAUAUCUUGGCCCUUGA